AUGAUACUUAUCUUACUGUUCCUAGCAUUCCCUACUGUAGUUGAAAAUUGCCUCGUUGUGAAGACUGUGGAGCCACCAAAAUGCGAAUGUCAGUCAUUGGCUCUGUCCAUUUCAAACAUUGAAUCAAUUAUCGGGAACCAUGAAUUCUAUAAAUCUAAUAUAUCCAAAUAUUCUAUUCAUGCUCCAAAGAUUUCAACCGACGACUGUAAUACACAAAUGUAUUGUGAAGGUGUGUACAGUCUAGUGGUAUUUGAUGGCACCGAGAAAUAUCAUGUGUUUGGUGCCUACUCUGCUGAUGGUCUUUGUGACCCAUUCACUCAGAAAUGGUUAGUCGAUGAUGGCUCUGCAACAUUAACAACUUAUGGAAAGAUGCAAGGAGUCUGUGUUGAUUAUACCACCAAAGCCUACACAUGUCCUUGUAGACUGUACACUGUGGAUACUGAAAAUGCAAUGGACUUGAUCGGUGGUCAUCCCUCGUAUUGGGGGGUGUGGUUCCAAUAUCAAUUGAUUAGACCUAUACUUUCCGAUGAAGAGUGCCCAACCAGUUUCAGUUGUCCAAAGAAUAAUACCGCCGAUAUUUUAAUAGGUUCCAGAGAUUUUGGGCAGAAUAAAAACUACCAACUCACUUGCGGAACCGAUGAAUUCAACACACCCGUAUGGAGUGCAAUCUCACAAGUAAACGGGGAAUCCUUCACCACUGAGUAUAUUUUCAUUACAUGUCUUGACUACAAAAACAAGGCUCUCCCGCCUCCUUUUAGACCAUCAUGUAAAUGUUCAUUUACAUUCUUGACAGAAGAGGAGACUGUUGGUUAUUACAUCCAGAAUGAUCUAGUGUCCAUUGUAAUUGGUGAGGACCGAUGUACAGUGUCAUACGGAUGUAAACGAGGAGUUGCACUCACUAAUAUCGAUGGCGAGAUUCAUCGGUUUGGUGCCUACUCUGCUGAUGGUCUUUGUGACCCAUUCACUCAGAAAUGGUUAGUCGAUGAUGGCUCUGCAACAUUAACAACUUAUGGAAAGAUGCAAGGAGUCUGUGUUGAUUAUACCACCAAAGCCUACACAUGUCCUUGUAGACUGUACUCUGUGGAUACUCAAAAUGCAAGAGAUAUGAUUGGUCCAUAUAAAAUAUAUCAGGAUGAUUUGUACAAAUAUCAAUUGAUAAGACCUACACUUUCCGAUGAAGUGUGUCCAAGCACUUUCAGUUGUCCACAGAAUAUGACUAGUGUUUUGAUGGUUUCUUCAUAUUCGAGCCAGGGUAAAGACUACCAACUCACUUGCGGAACCGAUGAAUUCAAAACACCCGUAUGGAGAGUAAGCUCCAUCACUACUGAGUAUAUCUACAUUUCUUGUAUAGACUACAACACCCCCGUAGUCCCGCCUUCUUUUACACCAGAAUGCCACUGUGACUUUAGAUUUUUGACAGAAGAUGAGACGGUUGGUUAUUACACCCAGAAUGAUUUAGUGUCCAUGUUUAUUAUGGAUAACCGAUGUACAACGUCAUACGUAUGUAAAAGAGGAUUUGCACUCACUAAAGUCGAUGGCGAGAUUCUUCGGAGUGUUCGAUUUGUUGGUAUAUGCAACCAGACUAUCAGAAAAUGGUAUGUUGUACAAUACAACAGUACUUUUGGAGAAGAACAAGCAAUUGAGAAUCAAGAUGUGUUCACUUAUGCAUGUGCUACAAGUUAUUGA